AUGACCACUCUUUUCAUUGCGUUGGUCAUUGUUGGAGUUGUCCUCUGCCGUGAAGAAGACAUCCACCAUGGCAAACAAGCUCCACAUCGUCCAGCUCCACCUCCUUUUCUUCGAAAUGUUAGCGCUGAGGCAAGGAGGAACUAUUACAACAUCUUGAAGAAGAAGAACGAGACGAUUGCUCAGCAAAAAGAAGAAAUUCGAACUUGGGCUGAAACCUAUGGAGUGAAAGACCAGGUUGAAAAAUUUGAAGCUAAUCUAACAAAGCACAAAAUGGAACUUCAAGCGAAUGUUACGGAACUUAUAAAUAAGCUGCCAGAUCUCUACAAAGAGCUUGUACGCGUUUACAAUGAUGAAGAACAGACUCCUUUGCAAAUGAAAGAUGCUUUGGAUAAAUUUAAACUUGAAAGUAGAAAGGUGCGACUUGUUUGGGAUUAA